CCAAUCAGCGUUUAGGAAAAGCAGGAGCCCGGGAAUGAGAGAGGGGCGAACUGAUUCUGUGGUCACAUGCCGCGGGGUCUAGUGGGAGGAGCAGUUGCCCAGCGGCCACUAGGAGUUUCCUGUUUCCGGUUCCCGGAGCGGUCUGCAGCGAGGCGCCUCGGGGAACGCUGCCCUCUGUCACGAGCUCUGGGACCGGGGUCCGCGGCUGGUCCCUCGCUGGCCCCGACUCCCAGCCCCGGACAGAUAUUCACUGGGGGAUUCUGAGCAGUAGCUACGCUCUUGGACCGUGGCAAAGAGUUUCCGCUCUUGGAACGUGGAACUACAUCUCCAAGGCUCUUUCUGAGGUCAACGUUGGGGCUUUCAGCUAAUUGCGGCUGCUCUUCUAAAAGUGUAGGCUGCUGGAGACAAGAAAAAGGGAUUCACCUAUGAAUUAUACUGAAAGCUGUAUAUAUGAAUUUCCUGAUACAGGUGCUCUUGGCACAGAGAUAUUAAAAUUUGUUGCGUUUGCCAAAGAAUCUUAUACUUUCUGCAAAAUUAAAAAACCAUUCAUUCAUUACACAUUCAUAUGCUCUUUCCCUUCUCCCCUGAUCCCUCCCUUCCCAACACACACACACUGUCUCGCAAAAGGAUGUUCCCCUUCCACAGCUGCUGGAGGACUGGACUGAUACUCCUGAUACUCCUGACUGUGGCAGUGAGAGAAACCUGGCAGACAGAAGAAAAAACCUGCGACCUGGUAGGAGAAAAGGGUAAAGAGUCAGAGACAGAAUUGGCUCUACUGAAGAGGCUGAAACCACUGUUUAACAAAAGCUUUGCGAGCACUGUGGGCCAGGGCCCAGACACAUACAUCUAUGUGUUCCGGGUUUGUCGGGAAGCUGGCAACCAUUCCUCUGGGGCAGGCCUGGUGCAGAUCGAUCAAAAUAAAGGGAAGGAAACAGUGGUGGGGAGACUCAACGAGACUCACAUCUUCAAUGGAAGCAAUUGGAUCAUGCUGAUCUAUAAAGGGGGUGAUGAAUAUGACAAUCACUGUGGCAAGGAGCAACGCCGUGCAGUGGUGAUGAUCUCCUGCAAUCGACAUACCCUCGCGGACAAUUUUAACCCUGUGUCUGAGGAACGAGGCAAAGUCCAAGAUUGUUUCUACCUCUUUGAGUUGGAUAGCAGCCUGGCCUGUUCCCCAGAAGUCUCUCACCUCAGUGUGGGUUCUAUCUUACUUGUCACGUUUGCAUCACUUGUUGCAGUCUAUAUCAUUGGAGGGUUCUUAUACCAGCGACUGGUGGUAGGAGCCAAAGGAAUGGAGCAGUUUCCCCACUUAGCCUUCUGGCAGGAUCUUGGCAACCUAGUAGCAGAUGGUUGUGACUUUGUAUGCCGUUCUAAACCCCGAAAUGCGCCUGCUGCAUAUCGUGGUGUGGGGGAUGACCAGCUGGGGGAGGAGUCAGAAGAAAGGGAUGACCAUUUGUUACCAAUGUGAUUGCACUUUGAAUGUUUUGCUGCUUCUUCAGUCCCCAAACCAGAGCAUACUCAGCCAGAUUUCUCAUGCAGUCUCCAUUCCAGUCUCUCUUCUCACCCUUAAUAUUGCUCUCUGCUUUCCAAUUUGCUUUUGAUUUGCAUCCUUGUCUAUUAGAACUGCUUUCCCUUUGUUCCAUAUUUUCUGUAGAGGUACAGUUGUAGAAGAGAGAUAAUAACAGAGGCUUAAUAUCAAAAGGUACAAGUAGGAUAGUUACAGUGGGCAAAAGGGUGUGGUUGGCUCCCUGGCCCUUUUUUUUUAAACAUUUUUCACAAGUUUUUAUGACACUGGAUUUAUUAAAAAAAAAAAAAAAAAGCAAAGAUAUAUUAUUUAUACAAGGUUUGAUUGCUUUCACGCUAUUACUCUGUGCCCUACAGUAGUCUCCAUGAGAAUAUGGAUGUAAUUUUUUGCUGCUUGGUACUACUUUGCAGUGAUUACUUGGUUGCAUUACAAGUAUUACUAUUUGCUCUGAGCCUGAAGAGGUUCUGGACUUGCUUUUCCCACCUUUGAGAUUCAGAUGGAAAAAGUGUGUAUUUUCCCAAUUAUAGGAUUGUAAGAUACUGUUUGUUGGCAUUGGGGUGACUUUUUAUAGCUGGAUUGUGGUCUUGUGGUUUCAGUCUGUUUGUAGCAAAAAUGCCUAAUCCAGAAAUCCAGUCAGUGGGAAAAUGAAAUGGAAAUGACCUCCUAUGCUUCAGAGGUCCCAGAAAAGGGAAGUCAGCUUACCUUGUGAUGGUGAGAUUGAUGGUUUUUUUCUCCCACUUGUGGUAAAAGCUGGCAAAGCUUUUUUUAUUCUUAAGACCUUCCCUAUCCCAGUAUUUCUAAACAUACUGCACUUCCUUCACAGGCAUGUCAUUUUGACCUAUUUUCCCUCCAUAUAAUCUGGAAAGGGAAUGGAAGCAAAUGUGGGACAUCUAGGGCUCUGCUGUCCUCUGGUGUGGAAUGCUGUUGCACCUGUCCCUUAUGCUGGCUCAGGGAAAUGUCUUCUUGCCCACAUUUCUGUGGUGAAUGGUCUUUAAUCCUCUUAUGGUUCUGCCUUUCUGCUUAGGCCACAUGCCCAGAAACCUGGGCUGAUAUUUCUGUUACAAUGAACCUCCUGGGCCACUGAAGAGUGGCAUGGCUCCAAUGGACACAAGGGAUGAAAUCAUAGGCAGGGGGCUUCUUAGAAGCUUUUUAAAGGAAAUUAUUUCCUCUUUGACUUUCAGUACUAUUAGAAUGAUUUUUUUUAUUUCUAAACAGGGAAAAAAAUGAUGUUAUAAAAGCAUCUUUUAUUUGUUUGCCUCCCUCCCCCAAACCCUGGUGUUUUACAAUGCAAAAAAACUACACUUUUUGUACAGAAACACUGAAAAAUUAAAAACAAACAAACCAU